UCCAGACACCGAGGUAAAGUACACGGUUACUUUGGAGCUCCUCGGAUUCCCGCUAGCGUUCAUUGCGAGGUUACUUUUAACUCCAUAUUACAUAAAGAAAAAUAUUUCUAUAUCUUAGCACCUUUUAAAUCGACAAGAUGCCCGCAAACGUUCUGGCAGAGAGAGUGAACAACCUGAACAUCGAAAAUAAGGAAAAUCGGGUGUUGAAGGAGAAGAAUGGGACAAAGGAGGCAGAGAAAAUCGAGAAUAAAUUGGGCAAGAAAAAUAGCCAGCCUCAACCCAGCAAAGAAGAUGAGCCUCUCCUUCGUGAGAACCCUAGCAAAUUUGUCAUUUUCCCCAUCCAGUUUGAGGACAUCUUCAAGAUGUACAAGAAAGCUGUUGCUUCAUUCUGGACGGUUGAGGAGGUUGACUUGUCAAAGGACUUAGCUGACUGGGAAAAGUUGAAGGAUGAAGAACGACACUUCAUUUCUCAUGUUCUUGCUUUCUUUGCUGCCUCGGAUGGCAUCGUUAAUGAGAACUUAGUCGAGCGAUUUUGCCAAGAAGUCCAAGUUCCAGAAGCACGCUGCUUCUAUGGUUUCCAGAUUGCAAUGGAGAACAUCCACAGUGAGAUGUAUAGUCUUUUGAUUGAUACAUAUGUUAAGGACCCUACUGAACAGGCAAGGUUGUUCAAUGCAAUUGAGACUCUACCAUGUGUGAGGAAGAAGGCUGACUGGGCCCUUAAGUGGAUUGCUCAUGAGACAGCCUCCUAUGCUGAAAGGAUAGUUGCCUUUGCUGCAGUUGAGGGUAUUUUCUUCAGUGGUUCAUUUGCUGCUAUUUUUUGGCUAAAGAAACGUGGUCUUAUGCCUGGUUUGACUUUCAGCAAUGAAUUGAUCUCUAGGGACGAGGGGCUUCAUACGGACUUUGCAUGCCUGAUGUUCAAACAUUUAGUAAAUCGUCCUUCAACUGAAAGAGUCCGGGAGAUUAUUCUAGAUGCUGUUAAGAUUGAGCAAGAGUUCCUGACGGAUGCCCUGCCCUGCAACCUCAUUGGCAUGAACUGUGUCCUCAUGAGGCAGUACAUUGAGUUUGUGGCUGACCGAUUGCUCUUGGAACUGGGAUCUGAGAAGAUGUUUGGUGUUGAGAAUCCCUUUGACUUCAUGGAGAAUAUUUCACUUGAGGGUAAGACCAACUUUUUUGAGAAACGUGUUGGGGAAUACCAAAAGUGUGGUGUCAUGUCAGCUCCUGAGCAAAGGCAUUUCACACUCGAUGCUGACUUUUAGAGGGCUAUUUAUUUCAUUAUUUAAUUUCUUCUCCAUUCCCUAUUUUUCAGUUUUCUAAAUAGUAAAGAACAUUGCCAAAGUGUAGUGUCAUGUCAUUUCUGAGUUUGUCUACUUCUGUUUAUUCUUCUCCAUCUUAAUCUUUGUUUCCAACUACCUCUUCCUUCCUUAUCUGACCAAAUUGGUGAUGUUUUAGCUUUCUCUUAUCAGUAACUUUCCUCCAAUAUCAGAUUUUCACUUUAUACUUUUUCUAAUUUUAAUUUUCAAAAGGACAGUUCUUGCUGCUUUUGGAUUAAAAUGUGUGGACAGGUCUGUAUACACAUGGAAGCAAUAAUGUGUGCAAUUACAUACAUUUGCUGAAAAAGCUUUAGCCACGUACACAUACAAGUGUAUACAUGGACACGCGUGUGGUCCUAAAUCCUCCAGUAAGAUUGUAAACACCUGUGUGUAGAUAUAUAUAUAUAUAUAUAUAUAUACACAUGCAUAAGCACACACAUGAUUUCCUUUUAUAUAAAAGGCUUCAUGUUUUAUUACUGAGAAGUGAUUUUUUUUUAUUAAAGGUUAAAAAAGAUAUACGCAAGAAUUUUUAUAUGAAUUUUUAUACGAAAAAUAAAAUAAAA